CAACCAGAAGUGUAGCAGGCAACAGAGUACAAGUUCUUCAGUCAUACAGUUCCUAGUAUCACGAUAUAGCGACCGCUACGGGAGAAGCUCCGUCGCUGAGCGCACACGCAACACCUCGGGCCUCAGUUGAUGCAACACCUUCAACGUGUAAACAGUAUCCCUCUCGCUACCGGUAUUCUGCAACGCCUUGCAAGAUCAGCUCCCCGUGACUAGUUAAGACGAUGGGGGAAGAAAAUAAGGAUGAACAAAUUAGCAACACAUCAACAAAGGUGUACACCUUAGCGGAGAUUGCGGAGCAUAAAACAACAGAUUCGUGUUGGAUUGUAGUUCACGACAAAGUCUAUGAUGUAACCAAAUUUUUAGAUGAG